AUGAACCAAAAACGUAAUCUAUCGUUAAGUGAAUCUAUAACUUAUGCGAACUACUUUCGCGAUUACUACAAAAAGGACUUCCAGUACAUAAGCCCUGACAUGUUGAAAGCCAAUCAGGUCAACCACCAUGGGUAUGAGAGGAACUGCACGGGAGUUGUCAAUAUGUGGAUGAAGGAAGUCACGGCUGGAGUGAAACAGUUCUUUUAUGGAGGCACGCUGCAUGGGGUCAAGUACAUUUUCGAACCUACCUUCAGUCGCAAGGAGCGUGCUACCUGGAUCGUCAUCGUGGUCGUCAGCAUCGCCUUCUGCGCCGCCAACAUCAUCAAGUUAUUCUCCAAGUGGACCUCCACCCCGUUCGUCAACGUCAUGGACUCUCUGCCCACUCCUAUCUGGGCUGUGCCCUUCCCAACUGUGGUGCUCUGCCCUCAUCUUCAUGUGAAACUGUCUUACGCUAACGUUUUGAAACUUGGACGCGAUCUUGUGAAGAGCUGCAACUGGCCUGCCAAGCAUGACACCAGAUGGGUCACUAGCGAAUGCUGCGAGAAGUACUUCAUGCCGAUCUUCACCGACUAUGGCCUGUGCUACGCGUUUAACAGCUUGCCGCUGAAUGGCAUGAGAAACGACACCAUAUCCUGGCAAAGGAGCUUCAACCGUCACGCAGCACCCAGUUCCCUGCUAUGGGGUUUAGACGUGGGGUACCCUAAGGUGUUUCCUCCAGACCCCAGCAUGCAGCCGCUCAGGGUCAUGGUCUCUGGAGAGGACUACGGGCUGGGGGUGGAACUGUACCUCAACAUCAGCGAGCAUCAGCACGCUUGUGAUGGCAACAGUCUGGGAUUUACUGUCCUAAUUAGGUCUCCAACAAACCACGUGUACACCAGCACCGUUCUACGUCUGCCCAUGGACAGGAUGACCACCAUAGAAGUGUCCCCCAUAACCUACAAGACUGACUCAGCCCUGAGGUCUUUGGCUCCAGACCAGAGGCAGUGCUUCUUCCAGAAUGAGAGGAAGUUGGAAUAUUAUGAGUUCUAUACCGGCAGUAAUUGUAAACACGAUAUCUUUGUGAGAGAGUCGAAGAGGCUGUGCAAUUGUACUCUUUACAACUGGCCUCGGAAAAACGCUUCAGAGCCAGUUUGCUCUACGACAAAGGAUUUUGAAUGCAUUGAUGAUGUCAAAGGCAAGGUAGAAGAACAACAAAUCUACGCGUAUUACGCAGAGUGUGAGGAGGGCAAAGGUUCUGGCGAGCCGGCCUCCUGCCAUCCCUCGUGCAAUGACGUCAUCUAUGACAGCCAGGUGUACUACUCCGAUCUUAUCAAGGAGCCAGGGGACCCGUCGCCAGUUUGGGGGCGCCCUAAAAAAGGGGAGCUGACGCAGAUCAACGUGCAUUUCUACGAAGAUAUGUUCUUGGGCCAGCAUAGACAUGCGCAGUAUGAUGAUUACUAUUUUGCUGGAAUUUGA